GGCAGGGGGCCGGAGGUAUUGGGUUCCUCUCUGCAAGUGACUGUCCAAACUACUGUCUUCCCUUUUCCCAGCGGAGGGACAUGAGUGUCCCUGAGCCGCGGUCCCCGGAUGGGCUCCUCACAGGGCCACCCAACAGUCUGGAGGCCGGGGAGCCGACACCGGGUUUAAGUGACACUUCUCCAGAUGAAGGGUUAAUAGAGGACUUGCCUGUAGAAGACAAAGCUGUGGAGCAACUGGCAGAAGGAUUGCUUUCUCAUUAUUUGCCAGAUCUGCAGAGAUCGAAACAAGCCCUCCAAGAACUCACACAGAACCAAGUUGUAUUAUUAGACACACUGGAACAAGAAAUUUCAAAAUUUAAAGAAUGUCAUUCUAUGUUGGAUAUUAAUGCUUUGUUCACGGAGGCUAAACACUAUCAUGCCAAACUGGUGACUAUAAGGAAAGAGAUGCUAAUGCUUCACGAAAAAACCUCAAAGCUAAAAAAAAGAGCCCUUAAACUGCAGCAGAAGAGGCAGAAAGAAGAGUUGGAAAGGGAGCAGCAACGAGAGAAGGAAUUUGAACGAGAAAAGCAGUUAACUGCCAGACCAGCUAAAAGGACAUGAAAAGUUGUAUUUGUGUGUUUUCUUCCCCAUUCAAUAUUUGGAUUAAGCAAUUUAAAUGUGUUGACUGAACUUGAGGUAGUGCCUUAUACCAUGAUUAUGGUUUCUCCAUAUCUUCAUUUCAGACAUUCAAAAGCCUUUCUUUCUAACCAGCAUGCACAAUGUCACUUGGUUUUGAUAUUUUUAUGUAAUUUCUUCAACGUUUGUUUAAUUUUAAAAUUCAUUAUUAUUUGGCCUCAUUUGUAAUCUAGAAAAUAGUUUGUUACAAGUCUAGUGUUUUAAAAUUAGUGUAAAUUUUUUAGCUUCUUAAUGUAGAUUUCAGUUUCCAUUUCUUAUUUUGUGAAAUAACUUGCCUUUCUGGCAAUACAAUGCUGAAUUUUGGUAAUUAGUCUUCUCAUUGCCUAGUUAAGAAAUGCCUACUAUAUAAUCACGUAUGCCCCUGGAAAAGAGGUAGGGUAAGCCUUGUAAAAAGUGCAUGCACGGGAUAUUACAGCUCUUCAGACAUGAUUUAUGUAAAGUAAGAUGCCAGAUAGAUUCUACUAACCAUAUUCUCUCUCUGCUUAGUG